AUGGCUACUAAGUUCGUGCCCCGCCAGAUAUUUCCCGACUAUGCCUCCAUCCCGCGGUCCUACUUCCUCGGCCACCAUAGGGCCGGGCUAAACAAGAUGCGGAACAUGCUUUCUUCAAUCGACUAUGUGGUUGAAUGUCGAGAUUCUCGAGUCCCAGUUACGUCCGUGAAUCCCAUGUUUGAAGAAGCUCUAGGGAAGACAAGGCGGUUGAUCGUUUACACCAAGAGAGACCUGGGGACCGAGACGGGUUCACCGGCACAGAGGGCUGCCGAAAGAAGAAUCCGAAAAUUCGAUCAAAAUAACCCAGUCUUCUUCGUCAGCUCAUCUUCUCGCCCGGAUGUGAGCAAAAUCCUAAAACAUCUGCGCAACGAUGCCGAGGGACCUGACAAACUUAUCGGCUGCCGUGUUAUGAUUGUUGGAAUGCCAAAUGUUGGGAAGUCUACUUUGCUAAACAACCUCCGCAGCGGCGGCGUGAGAAAGGGCAAGGCUGUCCAAACCGGAGGCCAGCCGGGCAUCACUAGGAAAAUUGGAACCCCGGUAAAAAUCAUAGAGAAGGACGAUGGCUCCAAAGUUUACGUACUGGAUACCCCAGGGGUCUUCAUGCCUUACGUGCCGGACGCUGAGAAUAUGUUGAAGUUGGCCCUUUGCGGCUGUGUCAAGGACUCUGUGAUAUCUCCUGUCACAUUAGCAGAUUACCUGCUAUACCACAUCAAUUUGCACGAUUCUGGUGUAUACCAGCGUUGGGCGUCAGCAACCAACGAGAUCCAACCCCUUCUAGACAGCUUCGCACGCCAAACAGGGCUGCUCGCAAAGGGUGGCACGCCCAACAUUGACCUCGCCGCACUGCAUUUUAUUCAGAAAUGGCGAUCUGGUGAACUCGGCAAGUUCGUACUCGACGACUUACAGGCGGAAGAACAUCGUCGUGAGUCGGGCAUUGAGAACAAGGAGAGCAUCAGUAUCACACAAGCCCUGAAGGCAGAGAAGGCAGCAAAGAGGCAGCAUACAGUAGAGACAUCAGAUAAACAAAAUUAG